AUGAGUGAUGAGAUGUUACCAGAUUCUGUGGUUAGAAAGAUUCAUGGAAUUUCUAAAGAUUAUAUUGAUCAUGGAGAUGCCAUCUUUGUGUGUUCUAAAUGUGAUGCAAUGUUAUGGGAAGAUGAAAUGCUUAGGGGAAAUCAAAAACGUAUCAAAACAUCCUAUUCUCUCUAUUGUUCAAAUGGAGAUGUUGAGCUACCACGACCGCCUACACCUCUUCCAUUACUACGUCAUUUAUAUAAAAGUCGUACCUCACAGUCUCGCAAUUUCAUGGAUAAUAUUCGAGCAUAUAACAUGAUGUUUUCCUUCACAUCUCUUGGUGGGAAGUUUGACAAAAGUUAUCAGAGAGGUAAAGGUCCUUAUGUAUUUAGACUACAAGGUCAGAAUUAUCAUCGAAUGGGUAGUCUACUUCCAGACGAUGGGGAAGAACCUAAAUUCUCCCAGCUUUACAUAUAUGAUUCACAAAACGAAGUUGUAAAUCGUCAAAAAGCAGUAAGUUCUCAAAUAGAAUGCAAAACUACAAGAAACAACCAGCUUGAUAGUACAACCAUAGAGGGUCUUAAAGAUAUGUUGGAUUCUCGCAAUCCUCUUGUCCAAUCCUUCAGAAUGGUAAGAGAUUGUUUUCAAGAAAAUGAGUUUCAAGAUGUAAGCUUGAAGCUUAUUGGAACAAGAGAUAAGGAUGGAAGAGUUCACAAUUUGCCAACAGCAUCAGAAAUUGUGGCGUUAAUACAUGGUGAUUUUGAUGGAGCAUUUGAUAAACGGGACAUUGUUGUUAGAAAGAAGUCUGGUGGUCUUCAAAGAAUUAGUGAGCUUCAACCCUCUUAUCUUGCUUUGCAAUAUCCACUUAUUUUCCCAUAUGCGGAAGAUGGUUAUAGAGUUGGUAUUAAACAUAGAGGGAUUGCGAUUGAUGAUGGGGUACUUAGAACCAAUCUUACAAUUAGAGAAUUCUUUUGUUAUAAAAUUCAAGAUAGACAGAAUCAGUUUUCAUUGUUAGUUAAUGCGAAAAAACUAUUUCAACAAUUUUUGGUUGAUGGAUACACGAUGAUAGAAUCUGCCAGGUGUUUGCACGAUAAAGCUCUUAUUGCUGAAGACAGACCGGAUAUUAUCUCUAGAAUAUUCAAGUCCCACUAUUCAAAAAUUUCAGUUAUGUAUACAGUGGAAUUUCAGAAGUGUGGACUCCCACAUGCUCACAUAUGUUUGUUCUUGGGUGCUGAAAGCAAAUUUCCAAAUGCAUCUGAUAUUGAUCGUGUUAUUACUGCUGAGAUACCAGAUAAAGAAAGAGAUCCUGAAUUAUAUGAGCUUGUCAAGCAAUUUAUGAUUCAUGGACCAUGUGGUACAGAUGAGACUUGUGUUGAUUCUGAAGGAUAUCCUGUCUAUCGUCGCCGUCAAACAAGUAAUACGGUAGUAAAGAAUGGUGUGACACUUGAUAAUAGAUUUGUAGUUCCUUACAAUGCUCUCCUGCUCAGAAAGUAUCAGUGUUACGUUAACGUUGAAUGGUGCAACCAGUCAGGUUCUAUCAAAUAUUUGUUUAAAUAUAUUAAUAAGGAGCCUGAUAGAGUCACUGCUUCUAUUUUUCAAGCCAAUAGCACCAAGAAUAAUACGGAACAGAAUGUAGCUGUAGAUGAGAUAAAAGCAUACCUUGAUUGUAGAUAUAUCUCUGCUUGUGAAGCUGCUUGGAGAAUAUUCAUGUAUGAUAUACAUUAUAGAUAUCCAGUUGUUGAAGUAUUACCUUUUCAUUGUGAAGAUGGUCAGAGUAUUGUGUAUAACGAUCAUGAUAAUUUGUGUGAUAUUGUUACUGAUCCAACUAUGAAAAUGACAAUGUUUACAGAGUGGAUGAAUUGUAAUAAAGUCGAUGAAUUUGCCAGGACAUUGAGAUAUGUUCAGUUUCCGGGAUAUUAUGUAUGGAAUGCUAAAAAUCGCAAAUGGAAUUGA